AAGUGGCAUACUGAAAUAAAUCAUAUUGCAUUAGCAUUUCAAAGAAUCCAAAUCACAAAAAUUCCACAAUAACAACAAGAAACAACAUGUUCAAAUACACAAUUGCCUUGUUUGCUUUCAUUGUCUGUGCUGCUGCCAAGCCUGGACUCAUUGGUGCCCCCUUCGCCUACCAUGCCCCCGUGGUGGCAGCUGCACCCGCUCCCGUCAUCACCGCCACCAGCAGCCAAGUUGUGGCCCGCACACACAAUGGCAUUGUCCGGGCACCCAUUGUAGCUCCUGUUGCACCAGUUCCUCGUGUUUUCGCUCCUGCUGCUCGUGUUGUGGCCCCAGUGGCUGCUCCCAUCCACGCCCAUCAUGUUCCAGUAUUUGCCAAAUAUGCUGCCGCCCCAGUGGUAGCCCGUUAUGCAGCUCCUGUACCCCAUUUCCAUGCCCCUUUGGUAGCUAAAUAUGCAGCUGCCGCUCCUUUGGCCUACAGCGCUCCCUUCGCUUAUUCCUCACCCUUGGCCUAUGCCCCCAACUAUGCUUGGUAAAUUGUAUUGAAGUGGGAUUUCUGAAGGGAAAAAAAUUUCACUUCGGACUGUUAUUUCCUUUUCCUGUUAUUAUUCUUUGAAUGGCAUUGUUAUUUGUUUUAGUUUAGUAAUUCCUAUGUAGUUGUAGUUCUCAAUAAAGCAAAUAAA